GCCCCUUAGCAACCACCGUCACGUCGUAGCAACCAGUGUUUACGUUUCUCUCAGGAGAGUCAGAGAUGCCGCUGAUAGUGAAAGAUCACACAUGGACACAAAACCAGAACACAGUUUACAUCAGCCUGCCUUUAAAAGGAGUGAAAACCGCGAACAUCCAUGUCAUCUGCACAGACGAGUAUCUGAAGGUGAGUUUCCCCCCGUUUCUGUUCGAAGUUUUCUUAUUUGGGCCAAUAAAUGAGGAGAAAAGUGAAGCCAGGAUUGGAAACGGGGUUGCAGUUUUCACACUGCAGAAGAGGAGAGAUGAAUUAUGGGAGCAGCUCUUCACAAACAUUGAUAAAGACAAACAGAAGCAGAUUCGAGAACAAGCAAUUCUCAAAGUUCAGGAGAAAGAAGCAGAAAAAUCUAAAGCCACAGCUGCCAGGAUUCAACAGGAGAAGAAAUAUGCGCUGGAAACCAUGAUGAAGGUUGAGAACGAGGAGCGGGGCAGGAUUCAGAAGAUGAAGGAUGAAGAGUGUGCGAGAGCUACGGCAGAACUGGAUUUCUGGAGAGAAACGCAGAGAAAAACAGCAGAAGAAAAUGAAAACCAGCAAAAAAAACAAGGAACCGGCACGCACGACAACCAACCGGUUUAUCAGAAAACAGAGCGUGUAAACGCUCCACCUGCUGUCACGCUGAUGCAUAAUACUGUGGACACUACAUCUGGUCAGAGAAGCAGAAAACAGAAACCCACAGAUCUGCCUGCUCCCAGAUCAGCUGGCUGCAUUCAGAUCAGCUUCACUCCACGAGUGUUUCCCACCGCGCUGAGAGAGUCUCGUGUCCCGGAGGAGGAAGAGUGGUUGAAGAAGCAGGCGGAGGCCAGGAGAGCAGUGGACACAGAUCUGGCCGAACUGGACGACCUGAGAGAGGAAGAGAGAAACCCAGACUGGCUGAAAGAGAAGGGCGAUAAAUUGUUCAUGGCAGGAAACUACCAGGCUGCCGUCAACGCUUAUAAUCUGGCCAUAAAACUCAACAGGAAGAUCCCGGCUUUAUUUUCUAACCGAGCGGCCUGUCAUCUCAAACUGAGAAAUCUUCACAAAGCCAUUGAGGACAGCUCUCAGGCCCUUGAGUUACUGAAGCCUGCGGUCACUGCAAACGCUCCGGCUCGACUGAAGGCUCACGUGAGGCGUGGAACAGCAUUCUGUGAGCUUGAGCUUUAUGUGGAAGGUCUUCAGGACUAUCAGGCGGCUCUAGAAAUCGACCCACACAACGCAGCCCUGCAAGCUGAUACAGACAAGAUUCGUGAGAUCAUACAAGGCACCACAUGACCAUCCAGGCUCCUAAAAAGCUAGGAUCAUGAUUACACCUGUAAUUGAUGCAUUAAUGUACAUGCAUGCAUGUUUUUA